AUGGAGCUUCUUGUGUUUUUGCUAGCCAUUGGUGCACCAGCAAUGGGCCAUAUGAUGCAUAUGGGAGAACAUCUUGACCACGGAUGCCAUAUGAGUCCAGCGAGGCCAUCUUAUCUGAAAAAUGUUACACUUAAAGCUCGUGAGGAGUACGUCACUAUAUUGAAGCAUAAAAACAGUACAAUCGCUCAGCAAAACGAAGAAAUUAUGAAAUGGGCCGAAAAAUAUGACGUCAAGGAGCAACUAGAGGAGUACAAGGAAAACAUGACGCGGAUAAAGCAUGAACUGAAGCGUAAUUUUACCAAACUAAUUGUGGAUCUUCCAUCAAUCCUAGAGGAUUUCUUCAACGUAACGGAUUACGAAAGUCAGACCCGAGCGGAGAUGAGAGCAGCUCUUGGGAAAUUGAAGGCUCAAAAUCCAACGGCAUUCAGUGUAUUGAGAUUCACCUUCGCUCAACUCAAUCCACGAUAUCAUUGCCCACUCACAGGUCAUUGGCACGCUCCACAUGGUAUGUCGCAGGUUAUGCCAAGUAUGAUACAGGAAGAGAUGAAAGAGAUGAUCUCGAACAUGAGUUCACAUCAUGACGAAACGAAGCAAUCAGAAGACGAUGGUGCUGGAACCAUCCCUGGCCGUGACGAACUGGGCUCAUCGAGCAGCUCUGAGGAGGAUAAGAAGUCUGAACAGAAGUAA